AUUGAGCUGUGUCAUCAGUUCCCUCACGGUAUCACAGACCAGGUGAUUCAAAAUGAUAUGCCUCACAUGGAAGCCCAGCAGCGAGCCAUGGCUAUCAACAGGCUACUCUCAAUGGGGCAGCUGGACCUUCUCAGGAGCAAUGCAGGUCUCCUAUAUAGAAUCAAAGAUUCUCAAAAUGCAAGUAAAAUGAAAGGCUCUGACAAUCAAGAGAAGCUGGUUUACCAAAUUAUAGAAGAUGCAGGCAACAAAGGUAUUUGGAGCAGGGACAUUAGAUACAAAAGUAACUUGCCUUUGACGGAGAUCAACAAGAUACUGAAAAACCUGGAAAGCAAGAAACUGAUUAAAGCAGUUAAAUCUGUGGCAGCAUCCAAGAAGAAGGUGUAUAUGCUGUACAACCUGCAGCCCGACCGCUCGGUGACUGGUGGGGCCUGGUACAGUGACCAAGACUUCGAGUCUGAAUUUGUGGAGGUAUUAAAUCAACAGUGUUUUAAAUUCCUGCAGAGUAAGGCAGAGGCAGCUCAACAGAGCAAACAGAACCCCAUGAUACAGAGGAACAGCUCAUUUGCCUCAUCCCAUGAAGUGUGGAAAUACAUCUGUGAACUGGGUAUCAGUAAGGUAGAGUUGUCAAUGGAAGACAUUGAAACCAUUUUAAACACGCUAAUAUAUGAUGGAAAAGUGGAGAUGACUAUUAUUGCUGCAAAGGAAGGGACAGUAGGCAGCGUGGAUGGACAGAUGAAGCUGUACAGAGCUGUCAGUCCUCUCAUACAACCCACUGGGUUAGUCAGGACACCCUGUGGACUAUGCCCUGUUUUUGAUGAUUGCCAUGAAGGUGGUGAGAUUUCUCCAUCCAACUGUAUUUAUAUGACAGAGUGGCUGGAAUUUUAAAGUGAGAGAGAACUGUAAACUGGAUUUGUGCUUCAGAGCCAAAGUGACAAAACAGCU